UUAUCAUACAGAAUUAUUCUUCUAAUCACAAAGUACGAUUUGAUGAAUUAUAUCAACAAAAACAUGAAUUCUUUAAAGUGUUUAUUCGUUAUUUUCUUCGUUUUUCAAGAAUGUUAUGGAAAAAUGCACAAUUUGAAAGGUAAAAGUGUCGAAGGCAUGAUCAUUUAUCCAUCGUCAUUUCCAUCAACGUUAAAAGAUGGCUCCUGUUUGAUGAUAUUUCUAAACUCUGCCAAAGAUGGAUCAAAACAUAUUGCAUACCAAAAAAUGCAAAAUCCAUCCAUUAAACUAAAUCAGAAAUAUUCUAUUCGAUUUCCAGACAAGAAAAUAAAUUUAGAAGAAAAAUAUUUCGUAGAAGGGUUGGUAAAUGUUGGAUGGUGCAAUAGUAAGAGUAAAAUGGAAAAGAAAAAGGAAGGCGAUUAUGAAGCAACGGGGGGAUUUCUAAUGGGAAACAAAUUGUAUGAGCUAACACGACAAGAAACUGUGCUACAGGGACCAACAUUACAGCUGGACAAAGUUAGCCGAACAACAAACAGCAACACAGGUCAAUUAUUCGCAGACGAUGAAAACCAAAUUAACGCUGGUACUAAAGACAAGGUAAAGCAGACAAAACGACCACGAACGCCAGGAACAACCGAGUCUCCAACUACAACCACCACGACCACAACCUCUACCACUACCACAACAAGCACUACCACUUCCACAACUUCCACAACUCCAUCUACUACCUCUACAACAACAACACCACCUCCAACAACAGAAGAAAUUCAAUAUGCAUUAAUUGAUGCACCUACCGAAGCAACUCAAACACAAUUAGUACAAGUGGCGGUUCCUCAUCAAGCUCCAAAGCAAUCCAACUGUCGGCGUUCAUGUAUGUUAUACUGUGAGCCGUAUUGUACUAAGGAAUGUUGUACUCCACGCUACCCACUACUUACCAAGCAAGAUAUAUACGGCAUAUAUGGAAAAUAAACGAAUACCUGAUUAAGUUGAUAUUGUAAAAGAUGUUCAUUCAAGCAAAGAAUUACAAAAUACAGUUUCUUUAUAUCUUUUUUGUUUUCUUUGUUUUUAAUCGAUUAGAGUUGCUUUAUAUCUCAUCACUUUGCCAAUUCAAACUUAGUCCAAAAGAAAAAAAGUCCACAGGGGGGGGGCGAGAUCAACAAAUCCAACACAACACAUUACCAAAAAAUACUUGAAUAUCCAUUCUCUUUUGUUCCCUCUUUCUCUUCCUAGAAUAUCGCUUCUUUGAAAUGUGUUAAGACACCCUUGUCCCCAGAGAUUUCUCCGUCUCCUGUUAUAUCAAAAAAUCAAAAAUCCCUGGAGAUGAGGGUGGUCUUAUGAUUCUUCACUACGCUUCGACUGCGUAAAAUUUGUUUUAAACUGUAACACUUUAUCAAACAAAAUUAUUCGCCAGACAAAAUAUUCAUCACUUGGGAAAAAUGUCGUCAAUGGGCCUUUCCCGAAUUGCUCUAAAAACUUCAGUUUUGUCAUGAUAAUUUGAUAUUCUAACUGAAUAUCCUUAUUUGAAGGGCAUAGAACCAUUAUAAAAAUUUGGAUGACGUCAUAAUUAUUAUAAUUUAUGAGAUUCGGGAUAAUUCGUUUUUGGAAAAUUCAUAUUUGCGUCAAUUUAUGGUAGAUUAGCUAACAGUAACAAUUCAUCGUGGCUAAAAUAAAGCGCGUACAGACUAUAUACAUUGCCAGAAUUUCUGGGAAUAAGGCAGUUUUUUUGUCAUUAUUUAAAUAUAACGAAUAAGCACUUUAAAGAAUUCAUGUUUCUUGUUGGUAUUGACAGCAGCGUCGAAUGUUAAUUACCUCAUAGCCGGCAGCAAGCAAAAUCUCUACUUUGUUUACACGUAAAUCUGGUGGACAAUAACAUAUUUUGAACGCCCGUAAAAUAAAGCAAAUUUAGGGAAAUGGUCAUAAUGCUGUCAG